AUGCAAUAUUUAGUUAAUUUAAGGCCAACAGGCCUUAAAUUAACUCAGACGGAACACGUAAAUAUUAAAUUAAAUGUAGAAUUAACUGGCCGUAAAUUGAGUAAAAUGAUUGGCUUUGAUUAUUCUGCUCGUGAUGGAUUACGAAUUCAAGCAUAUUUAAGUUUGCCUCCUCAAACUCCAUUAUUGGGUCCAGCUCAAUUACACGGUGAUCGGCUAGAAUUAGCUCGACAAGGAAUGCUACCUAAAAAACCCCAAAGACUCAUUGUAUUAAUCCAUGGAGGCCCAAAAUUGAGAGAUUUUUUUGGUUUUGCCGCUAUAAAUGCUUGGUUAACAAGUAGAGGAUAUGCUGUUUUACAAGUUAAUUUUCGUGGAAGUGUUGGUUUUGGUAAAAAUUUAACAAAUGCUGGUAAUGGAGAGUGGGGACGUAAAAUGCAUCAAGAUUUAUUAGAUGGAAUUGAUUUUCUUGUUCAUAAUGGAAUUGCUGAUAAAAGACAAAUAGCUAUAAUGGGAGGGUCUUAUGGAGGAUAUGCAACAUUAGUUGGAAUGACAGGUUUUUAUAAAGAUAUGACAACAAUGCUGGGUGCUGAUAAAAAUACAGAAGAAGGCUAG